AUGAAUGGAAAGCAAACACCUAAUAUAAGUAAAAGUUUAGAUGAAACACAGACUAAGAAUAUAGUGACUACGACUACCGCUUCUACGAGCCAACCAGAAGAAGAUGUCCAAUCCACGGCGAGGGCAACCAAUAAUGGAUCUGAAAUACAAUGUUCCACAAAGAACAUGUUUGUAGAACCUGAAAUAUCGGAGCAUUCAUUGGACUUACACAUUCCAUCCUACCCUGGAUCUCCUAGAUCAUUAGAUAUUGGAUCUGGCCAUUCAUAUGAAUCAGAACAUUAUCAUAAUAAUCCUCAACUGAGGGAAGCCAUCGAGUUCCUUCAUGCGGACAAGGAUUUACUUAUAGCUGCUGAAACUGGCAACGAUCAGCUAUUAGAAAUUAUUUUAAGACGAUCCGAUACGCACAUUCAAGAAAUGGACCAUUUGGGAAGAAAUGCUCUCCAUCUAGCUGUCUGCUCUGGCAAUAUUCGUGCAGUUGAAAUGCUAUUAAAGGCCGGAGUUAAUCCAAACAUUAAGGAUAGUGUUGGCAUGACACCUCUAUCUCUUUGUUUAAUGAGGAGACCAUCGUUAGCAGUGGCACAACUACUAUUUGAUUACGGCGCCAAGAUAUUACCGCGAUCAAACCCAAUGGAUACUGGGUUAUUCAUUCAAUUUGUAAUGAUGUCAACUCCAACUGAUGAAGAAUCCAAAAUACUACGACUCCUUGUUGCUAAAGGUGCUCUUAUAAAUGACCCCAAGGCCCCUGGUGGUCGGCAAGCCUUACAUUUUGCUGCUAUGAAUAAUAAUUGCACACUUAUACGAAUUCUCAUGGAAUUAGGAGCGUAUUUGUUUGCAACUAACCACAGAAAUGAAACACCCAGAGAAGUUGCUGCUACCUUUGAUUGUGUUCAAGCUUAUAAAUUACUAACUGAAUUAGAGGAUAUUGCUUUACAAAGUCCUUCGACGACAUUUUUUCGAUUAAAUAACGACUAG